UUCAGGGUAUACCAGUUUUCCUAGCAGGUGUAUCAAUCGCACAUCAAGCAUGGAAGUGCCAUUAUUACUCUUCGUUAUGCUGCUUGCAGGAUGUCGAUGCUUUCACGAGGUGCCUGAACAGCAGACCCAACUUAAUGAGAUGUUUGGAAAUUACAUGUACAAUAGAUUUCCGUUGGAUGACAUUUAUUUUGCUUUCCGUCCAUAUUGGGACCCAUGCAACAGUACAUUGUAUCGCUUCAACCUGACCAACGGAGCCUUGCUCAACAUAGGGGACCUGCUCACGCCGAGAUACUGCCCAGAGAAUUGCCGAAUAAGGGGGAGUAACGCAGUGAUGGGGAUCUGCCACUUCAAUUUAAAGGAUGCCCAAAUAUUCUACGAAGGCCAGAUGUCAUUCGCAAGACCAGUCGUGCAAAAUUUCACGCUUUACGCGAACAUCACCGAGUUCAUCUUUGGCAGUCAUCGGAACCCUGCAUCACUCACGAUGUUCUUGUUCAGCAGUAACAGAUGUCACUCCUACUCAUAUACGCUGACAGUGGAAGAGUAUGAUCAGUGA